AUGGAGGGGAUGGAGGAGGCAGCGGCCGAUCCUGCUGGCGGCGGCCCUCAAGAGCCCAAAAUAGGGAACAGAACAACCAGCUCCACAGAGGCGACCUCAGCUAUGGAGAAAAGUGGCAUUGAGCCACCGCCCAACAACAACCUGCCAAGAGCCUGGCCCUGCCCUCAGGGCGACAGAGCACCCGGCCUGAUGACUCCCCAGCCUCUCCGGGCAUGGGGGAUGCGGCUCCAACAACCCUCUGUGCUAGAGUCCAAGGUCAGGGCCUUGAAGGAAAAUAUGACAGCAGCCAGGCAGGGGACAAGUCCCUGCCUCACUGCCCAUGAGCGGCCAUCCCCCAAGAAACCCAAAUGCCGACGAGUCAAGGUGGGUGGAGCCAGGACUCUGUUGCCAGAUGCCGUGGUCCUCCCUGCUCAGAGCCCUACUGAAGGACAGCUGGACAACAGUGUCAGCGAGGAGCAGCCUGCCAGGAAUGGGGGCCCUGGACCCCCCAGGCCACCCGCCCCUGGGCUCCGGUGCUGUAAUGGGGGGAGCCCAUGGGCUCCAGGAUCAGUAUGGACGCUGCCUGACCAUGAGAGGGGUCCACUGCCGGGGCCUGGCUCUUUGCAAGAGAGCCCCACCCACAGAGCCAUUCCAGCCCAACCGAGGGGCCCUAGACCUUGUAACAGAAUCGCUCACACGCCCAGCCUGAAGACAGAGAGGUCGUACCCCCUUCAGGAUGACCUAGCCACAGGGGGAGACCCGGAUAGCUUGUCUCUGACCUCCGAGGAGGACUUUGUCCCCAGGCCAGUCCUGCUUGGGGGUCUCUGGAGAGCUGGAGACCUGGGGGCUCUGGGCGCUGGGGGCAGUGCCUUGUCCCUGUCGGAACGGGUAGAGAGGAACCGCCUUCUUCUGCAGGAGAUGCUAAAUGUUGGGGGGCAGGCCCCCCCUAAGCUGAGAAUCCCAGCCCGGACUCCAUCCUGGGACAGAGCUGUUCCAGAGCCACCGUCAGGGGACAUGGACUGGGACUCGGGCAUCUCCCUGCAGGACUCAGACCAGAACAGGACCUUUGGACCCAAGCCGGAGCCCGUGCUGAGGAACCCCAGGCAUGAGGAAGCCAAGCACCUGCUGCAGCGUGCCCGCAUGAAGGCCAGGACCCGGCCCCUCCGUGCCAGCCAUGAUAUCAUGCCCACCAUUGACCGGGGCCGCCGGGAUGGCGUGCGAAGCCCGGCCCUGGACCAGAGCGUGCCCUUUGCCUGCAGAGACAACCUCCAGAACGGGAGCACGAGCGACUCCUCCAGCGGGGAGUCCAGCAACGGGCAGUGGCCGAAGCGGGGCCCCUCCCCGUCCCACGUCCGCUUUGAGGAUGAGUCCGCCCGCGACGCCGAGUCCCGCUACCUGGACCGGCUGCAGCAGCGCCAGUGCCCGGGGCUGAGCCCCACGCUGCAGAUGGCAGACCAGGGCCCCCUGCUCUCCAAGCCCGAACUCGCCGACUACGUCGCCGCCGGGGGCUGCCGGCGCAGGGGUGCCGGGGAGGAGGCUCUGCACACGCUUGUGCGCCACCCGGACCGGAGGCCCUUCCCGGCGCCGCCGCCCCCACGGGGCAGUGAGAGGACGUGCGGAGCCUGGGGCAGCUGCAUCGAGGACCAACGUCCGGACCCGGGGAAGGCAGCCCCGGACCCCAGGGUCCUCCAGGAACACGAGGUUGCCUCUGGGCUGGAGGGGGCGAUGGCCGAGCCCCUGGGCUCUAGGGGCCUGAGCGCCCCCCUCAGGCUCCUCCCCGCGCAGCAGGGCCUCUGCGCAGAACGGAUCCGCGAGACUCACAGCAGAGAUCCUGCACGCCCCGAGGAGGGGGACUCCGCCCUGGACAGCACGGACACCUCGGACAGCUGCAGGACCGACAGCGAGGAUGCGGGGGCCUCGCAGCCCGGCAGGGCCCGCGGCUCCAGGGCUCGCGGAGGCCACCGGUGGUUCCGGAAGGCUGAGACGGAGGGGGCGCACGGGAGCCUUCGGGCCCCGCACUCCCUGCCUGCGGCGGAUCUCCUGGAGGUUUCAGAUGAGGUGAAAGAAGUCCCAGGACACACGCCUGAGGCGACUCUGUUCCCCAGAGAAGACCCUAUCUCCAAGCCUCCUGUGCAAGGACCAGAGAUGGCUUCCCUGGGGCUCCCGGGGCAGCCGCGACCAGAACUGGGAAAUGUCUGGGCUCGCCCUGUGGAUUCCGGGGCUCUGUGCCCACCAUCCUGCGCCGCGGCCUCGUUCACGAAGCAGGCAUCCUCGGGGCCAGACAGGCAAGAGCCGGUGACAGAAAGCCACGAGUCUCUGAAAACUGCCUCCCUGCAGCAGAGCCAUGAGGAGCCCUCUGCCCCACGCCAGGCCCAGCAACAGCCCGCUUCCCUUUCCCCAGAAGGCUGGGUGCCUACCCCUCCUCCCUCCAGGAGAACCACCUCACCUGGGUCCCACAGGAAAGCACCCCGCAGGCCCGGGGACCAGGGAAAGCCUGUGGACCCCCCAGCGCCCCCUUUGGGAAGUGUAGUUCUCAGGACCUGUGAGCUCCCCACCCCACAGGCCCAGCCCUGCCACCCCCAAGCCAGGCCCCCACUGCUGGCCCUCUCCACCAACAACUGCAAAAGCAGCGAACCUGGGGGGCUGCAGGAGCCCUGGGGGCGCUCCACCCUCAACGGCAGGGCGGAGAAGGGCGCCAGCCGCCAGGAGCCCGGGGCACCCCUGGAGAACAGCGGAGAUGGAGGACCCGGUACUUUUCUCGCCUCUGCAGGUGUUAGCACCAUCAGCUCCAUGGGUGUCACCUUCUCCCUGGCCUUAGAGGAGCCAGAGUCCAGCCAGGAACCAGAGGGAAGCCUGCAGGGAACAGAGUUAAAUUCCGAAGGCCAUGUGUCAUCCCGAGCACUGCCAGGGGUCAGUGCAGGACCUGACCUGCCCUCCGCUGCCCCUCCUGACAGGAACAAGAAAACCAGCAGCAGCAUCACCACCCUGGGGCUGAAAAAGUUCUUCUUGGCCCUGGGCCAGGGCUCACGGCCCAGGCUGGGCAAGUCCCGCAGCUACAGCGUGGAGCAGCUGCAGCCCCCUGCGCCUGGCCCGGCGUCACACACCAGCACCCCCAAAGUGAAGAGAGCCCCAUCGUUACAAUCCCUGCAUCUGGUGUCACCCUCUCACCAACAUCGGAAAGCUGCCUCCUUUCAGAACCUCCAUUCUCUGCUGAGUGGCAAGGUGGACAGGUCCAGCCUGUACCUGGUCGGGGAACCCGGGGACCACAGUGAAUCCGGCAGGUUAGCCAAGCCCCCGCCCCGGCGCGCGCUCAGCGUGGAGGACGUGAGUGCCCCCAGCCUGGCCCGCACAGUGGGCCGCGUGGUGGAGGUGUUCCCGGAUGGCACAAGCCAACUGCAGCUACAGCGCUCCCCAGGGGGCACUUUUGGCUUCUGUGUGGCCUCUGGGAACGGGCGCCGGGACUCAGGCUUCUACGUGCAGGAGAUGGCUGACGCGAGCACGGCCAAGCUGUACUCGGGGCUGCUGGGGGUGGGGGAUGAGAUCCUCGAGGUGAACGGAGCCAAGGUUGCAGGGCUGGGACUGGCUCACGUUAAGGAGCUCCUGGCCCAUGCAGAGAACUUGUCGCUCCGUGUGCUGAGGCAGAGGCCAGUCCCACGAUGACCCAGAGGUGUGGGUCCCCAUUGUUGCCGCCUUGGAAGCCAUGAAUAGCUCAGGGGGGGAUGACCGGAACGUACUGCACAAAGCUGCUCGGGAGCGUAAGGUGGCAUGGAGUGCCUGGGGCUGUGGCCAGGCGCCUGUGAUGGACCACC